AUGGCUGCUUCUGAUGCCAUUGAUGUCAAAGUAGUUGUUGUUGGAGAUUCUUCAGUUGGAAAAUCAGCGAUUCUCAAGCGUUUUUUCGAUGAUAAAUUUGAGGAUUCGUUAACAUUUACUAUAGGAAUCGAUUUUCGACAUAUCAUCCAACGGUUAGAGGAUGGAACUGUGAGUUUGAGGGUUACCUUGGUUUUUGUACAGGAUUUCAACUUAUUAUGUCUUAGUACAGAUUCUUUUAAAAGAUAAGG